GGCCUACGUCAUCAGCGCUCGCCGCAGAGAGGAGGUGGCUGAUGCCUCUUCGUAACAACAGUGAACCGCUGUCUCUCUACGACACGUUUAUUCCUCUCAUACUGGUAUGAAACAGUUUUUACGAGUUUAAAGAUCCGAUGAGAUACUAUUUUCCUUUCUUUGUCUGAUUCUAACCGUCGCUUUUUUUGUGGAAUAACCGGCUCGUUCCUGGGUAAACCAGUGCUGAUCAUCAGGCUAACAUGAGCUAGCUAUGGCUAACAAGCUACAUUGACAAACAAAUAUAGCAGUUUGUAUGAUUUUUGAGAUUUCUCGUAUGUUUUAGUUAUUCCCCAUUUGAAACGCAUCUGUUUUGUUAACUUCUGUGUUUGCUAGCCCUUAUUUCCAGACGUUAGUUGCCGUAGUAUCAUAGUGAAAGCAGUCUCUCUCUGUGUAUAGUAAAUGUAGUAGAUCCCUCCUACUUCUGUACCUCCAAACAGCUGUGCCUUAUAACCCAUUAAAAAACACAAACUUCCUAUUGUUCCAGUUCAGUCAAAAUAAAGACUACCCCAGAGUUUGGGGGACUUGGUCGACUCAAAGCCAGUUCCAGAUAGGAAUCCUGUUUCCUCAUGAAUGUAAUAAAUAACAUCCAAAAGUGUCCACACCAGUCUCCCAGACUGAACCUUCUCUCUCUCUUUCUUCUCCCUCCCACUUAGCUGGAGAGCAGCUGCUGGGAUGCCAAAGAAGUUUCAGGGUGAGAACUCAAAGGCAGCCACAGCCAGAGCCCGAAAGGCUGAGGCCAAGGCAGUGGCAGAUGCCCGCAAGAAGCAGCAGGAGGAAGAUGCUCUUUGGCAAGAGACGGACAAACAUGUACUCAAAAAGGAGCAGAGGAAGGUGAGCUGACUCAGUCAUGUGGUGCUGUGUUCAAUAUGGGAAUAUUCACAGCCGCUCUGGUCAGUUUAAUGUUUUCAUUUUGUAACUGUCAAUUUGUGAUUUAAAAAUUUCAAAUUAGUUAUUGUAAUUUUUUAACUCCCCUCAGGAAACCUUCCUAAAAGGAUCAAUAAAGUUCUAUCUAAUCUAAUCUAAAGAAAGGUAUAUCAGUUUUAGCACUUGGCUGGAUCUGUAUUAGCCUUUAAUUUUACCGAAGGCCAACAAAAGAUCAUGUCAAAAAGAGCGCUAAUUUGGCUUGUUUUACCCUCUGAGUCAGUUUUGUUGCUCCGACUGUCCUGCUCACAAAAAUACACGAUUGGUCUGAUGUCUCAUGACUGUGUGUGAAACAGAGAUGCUGUGAGAGUAACUGGUUAACUCGUAUGUAUUGUGUUGAUUAUUUUAGUUUAAAUUAAAUAGAGUAGAGUUUCCUGUUUGGACUUAUCCCAAAUUCUUUAAUUUUGGCAAAAUGUUUAGCAAUUUUUGUGGCAAUGCAUAUUGAUUUCAAGAUGAGUGUCAUCUUGUUAACCGUUGUACUUACUGCGUGAACUCAGUGUAGCUAUCACUAUCUCAAACAUUUUUCUUGUAGGAUGACAAAGAGAAAAAGAGGCUAGAGCUUCUUGAAAGGAAAAAGGAAAACCAGCGACUUCUGGAUGAGGAGAAUGCCAGAAUGAAAGGCAAAGCCCAGAAAGAGGCGGCGGCAGCGGCGGCGGCUGCUGGAGGAAAGGUGACCCGAGCCCAGAUUGAAGAGAUGCUUCUGAACGAGCAGCAACAAGCAGCGCAGGAGCAGCUUAAGCCAAAAGGUAAAGUUCAGACUGAGGGUUAUGAUAGACUACACUGGAAAUGUGAGAUCAGUCACAGCUCAGGAGCACUAGCUAUUUCAAAGAUCAUACAUGUAAAUUCAACUCACUAUGAGACAAUCCUGGUCAAAAUUUGAUUUUGUCUUAAACAGAAAAAAGUCACCUGGAUACUCCACUGGAGGAAAACGUGAACAGAAUUAUUCCUGAAGAGGGAACAGUGGAAGCCAGAACAAUAGAAGAUGCCAUUGCAGUGCUCAGGUAACAUUUGUUUUAUAGUCUUUGUGAUUACUUUGAAAUCGUAAAGUUGCUUGUCAAUGUAAGCAACCGAUUUUUACACUCUUACUCUGUGUUCCCAGCACGGGGCCAGAGGACCUGGACCAUCACCCAGAGCGGAGGAUGAAAGCAGCGUUUGCUGCCUUUGAAGAAGCCAACAUGCCCCGCCUAAAACAAGAGAAUCCCAACAUGAGAUUGUCGCAGCUCAAGCAACAGCUGAAGAAGGAGUGGAUGAAGGCGCCAGAGAACCCCCUAAACCAACGCUUUACUGCCUACAACACAAAAUGAAUGCGCUCUUUCCCUCGAUUACUCCAUUUGAAAACUGGCUGCUGGUGCGCAUUUGAGACUUCCAUUUUUUCCAAAAUUUGAAUAAUUCCAUUGAAAAAUGAGCAUUGCUGAUGAGGGCUUUACCACCAGCUGCCCAAAAACAAUCUCUCCAAUACCAGAGGAGUUGGCUUUGUUCCGUUCACAAGCAGGGAGAAGCUCAUUUUCCCCUAUUGAGGUCACAUCUAAACCCCAUAUUUGUGCACUUAGGCUCUAAUGAGACACUUAAACAUCUAAUAAAAAUAAAAAGUCUGAUUAUUUUUUCCUUGCACGUUGGGGAGAUGGAAAGCCAGAUGGUUUCAGAGUAACUUAUUAAAGUUCACCAGUUGAUCAUCAGUUUUUCUUGUUCAUUUAAAUUCCAGACUUCCUUUUUGCUGUUGGGAGGCACAUAUCAAGUCACACACUGAAGAUAAUCCUUUUUUUGUAACAGCUGCUUUGACACAUCGCAGUUUUGUGUCUGAGAUACAAAUAAAAAAAGCUGACAAGUAAUAUUCUGGUAAACUAAAGAUAGCCGUGGCUAGAAAUGAUCGAUAAUUUUCUCUGUCAAGUACACACGACAAGAGAGACAGAAGAGUCUUUCUGUCAAGUGCAGCAAAAAAACAGAAAAACGUAGAACUGUAGAAAUGAUUUUGUGGUUUGGGGUUGUCUUAUGAACUGUGGUGUUAGAGGAAAGCACUGAGGAUUGGGUACACAUGAAGAAGUAAACAUAGUCUAAAUAUGUUAUUGCUCAUCUGACCUUGUAAAUGCUUAUCAUAGGAGUUAGUUUCUGCCUCACACAGCUGAGGUUUGGUAUACUUAUAUCAACCAGUUAAAGACACUGUCUAUCACGAUUUCACAAGACAAAGUAGGAGAUGGUUACAGCUGCUUUUUCAAACUGAAAGAUGUGUAUUUUAGUUGUACAGAAAGUAGUUUUACACGAAGCCUUAACCUGGUUCACAGAGCCGUGCCGAACACCAGUGAAGGUGUUCUCUAAGACCUUCUCGAAUCCACUCCAGACCUGAAACUUUGGCUGAAAUCUGCUCAGCCUGUCUUCAAUAACAGACCUGUUGCAUUUUAAACAGCAACUUCUUCGACGUCUUAUUAACUCCUCAAUUUGACACACUAAUGAAAUGAAAGCGGAUGUUGCCUUCUGAGGACAGGAGGCUCAAGUCUUGUCCCGGGACAUAGACAAACCUGAUCUUUUUUUUCUUUUAGACAAAGUCAGACAAACAGCAGAACAUAUCACACACUAUGUUUUCAAAUUUAAUUUAACAAGAAUCUCAACAGAAUUCAACAAUUUAAUUUCAACAGCAGCAUCAACUCCUAAAGAAACGCCUCUCUGUCCUCUUUCAUUUUAAAAUUCAGACAUUUUCUCCUCCCGCCAGAGACCGACCCCUUGCUUUUGAAUUAGUUUGGCAUUCAUUUAUAGGUCCAGCAACAGUGUCCAGUGCUGCAGUCAGUCACAAAGGUUUUCUCCAGCGCAGCAACAUUUAUAUACUGAGCUGCUGAGGCAGCAGGCUGCAGCUUUUUGUCUGAUGCCAGAUAAAGAGACAGAAAGCAGCUGAAUAAGGAGCGUCCACAGCCCAAAUGCAAUUAACACAGGGACAAAAAACAAAAAAAUGAUUAUGUUAUUGUCAGAAAAGAUAAGUGGAGUGGAGAAGACUCAUUGUGCUCAAAAAAAGCUCCUCAACAAAAGUAGCAGAGCAGGUUGAGACAUUUUUAGCCCUGAAAAUAAAGGCGGAAAAUACAGAAAAUGUAUUUAUUGGUUAAAGUUUGUGCUUUAUUUUCAGCAGAUAAACAAGUUUAAAUAAAUACAAUCAACUGUGUACUACCACUAAAGUUAUGUAGACAAACUAUCAUUCCAAAUAGUUAUAUUCAGUCACUAUUUGAAUUAAAAAAAGUUUCAGGUAGUUAUCAUUCAAAACUUUGAUGGUGGAUUAGAUGAGACUAUAAGAUGAACUUUUCCUCCUUCCUGUUCUCAGAGUUUUAUGUCCAUCUCGCUGUCUAUCUAACAUGAAUAUAUGUAAAUGUAUGUAAUCAUUAUAUACAUGUACAUUCAAAUGUAUCAAUUGUUACAUUUGGUCUGUCAUUUAGGCAACCACUGACUACUUUCAUCUUGAACUCAACAUUAAAAAUGGCCGCCUUUGUCCCUCCAGCCUCUUGUGGCGGACAAGAUAAGAGAGCGUAUGAAGGCCUUUGAACAACAAA